AGCAUGACUCUGUUGACAGCUGCAUCUCCAGUUGCUUUGUCCUGAAAGACACUGGAAAUCCCUGGAACCGUAGCCACGCCAAGGCCUGAACACGUUGUCCUCAGCCUUGUUUACAGCCCCCCCGGCCCUCCAGAGGGGCGAUUGCUCACUCUCACAUGUGACAGGCAGCAGUUCAGCUGGAAACUUGACCCUUCCCAACUGGUUUUGCUCAACCGGGGCCCAUGUGACCCUGAGAUAAAUUAUAAAUAGACACCUAAGAGGAGCCGCAGACAAAGGCAGGAGCCAGGCUUCAGUUUUAGGGAAGGAGCAAGACUUUGGUCUCUGAAACCCAGCCCAGGGGAAAAACCGGGACCGAGCCAAAGCAGCAAACUCGGGAGCCAGCCGCCCCGCUGUGGAUUUAACCCGGAGGAGCACUAUGGAUUACGAACCCAGCAUCAUCCGGGACUCGAACCCCAUGGAGAACCUGGAGAAGCAGCUCAUCUGCCCCAUCUGUCUGGAGAUGUUCACCAAGCCCGUGGUGAUCCUGCCUUGCCAGCACAACCUGUGUCGGAAAUGUGCCAGCGACGUCUUCCAGGCCGCCAACCCCUACUGGCAGAACCGGGGGACCGUCAUCUCAGGGGGCCGCUUCCGCUGCCCCUCCUGCCGCCACGAGGUGAUCCUGGACCGCCACGGCGUCUACGGCCUGCAGAGGAACCUGCUGGUGGAGAACAUCAUCGACAUCUACAAGCAGGAGUACUCCAGCAGGCCCCUGAAGAAGGGCAAGCACCCCAUGUGCAAGGAGCACGAGGACGAGAAGAUCAACAUCUACUGCCUGACCUGCGAGGUGCCCACCUGCUCCAUGUGCAAGGUCUUUGGGGCUCACAAGGACUGCGAAGUCGCCCCGCUGCAGAACGUCUUCCAGGGACAGAAGACCGAGCUGAGCAACUGCAUCUCCAUGCUGGUGGCGGGGAAUGACAGGGUGCAGACGAUCAUCAACCAGCUGGAGGAGUCCUGCCGCGCCACUGAGGAGAACAGCCAGCGGGUGCGGCAGGAGCUGUGUGAGAAGUUUGACGCCCUGGCCGCCGUCCUGGAGGAGAAGAAGAACGAGCUGCUGCAGCGCAUCACCGCGGUGCUGGAGCACAAGACCGGCUUCCUCCAGGCCCUGGUGCAGAAGUACAAGGAGCAGCUGGAGAAGUCCAGCAAGCUAGUGGAGACGGCCUUCCAGUCCAUGGAGGAGACCGGAGGUGCCACCUUCCUCAUGAACGCCAAGAAGCUCAUUAAAACAAUCGUGGAGGCGUCGAAGGGCGGCCUGCUGGAGAAGAUCGAGGAAGGCUUUGAGAACAUGGACUCCUUCAGCCUGGACCUGGAGUCCGUCAUGGAAACCGUGAGGGCUAUUGACUUUGAAGCAGAUGAGGAAGAGGAGGAAUUAAAUGAGGAGGGAGAAGAAUCAGAAGAGGAGCUGUCUCAGGAACAGACAGUCGAUGGUAAGCGGAGGCGGCGGGCUGGCGAGUGGUGCAAACCCAGGGACUUGCAGCCCUCCUGGGUCAGGCCCUGCGGACAGGGGCGCCUGCUCUGCUCCUGCUGCAGCAUCUUGUACCCCGCACUAAAAUAGCAAGGC